ACGACUUCACGGCUCGGCUUUUUGACAUCUACCAGAAAGUGAUGGACGAGGGUCUGUGCCAGCCGGUCUCGCUGGGCCUGCUGCGCGUCGACUAUUUCGCCUGCGAUUUGCGCGGCACCAUUGCACAGGUGGAAGCGAAUGUUAUUGCGUCGGGCUGGAGUGCCAUGAGCCAAGUCACCUCUGACAUGCAUAGAUACGGUCUCACCGUGCUGGGUCACCUGGACAAGACUGACCAGAUUCCGGCCAACACCUCCCUGGAGGGGAUCGCCACGGGCAUGAUCCACGCCUGGGACAAGUACAACGUGGCUGGGGCGGUGAUCCUGUUCGUGGUGGAGGACCGCACCAUCAACAUCUGCGACCAGCGAUUCCACGAGUUCCAGGUGUACCGGCAGCGGCCGGGCAUCAGGGUGAUCCGGAGGUCGUUUGCACAGCUGCUCAGCCAGGCGUCGCUGGGCGAGAGCCGAGCUCUCAUAGUGGACGGCCACGAGGUGGCGGUGGUGUACUACCGCGUGGGCUACUCGCCGGACCACUACCCCAGCGAGCGCGAGUGGCAGCUGCGCCUGCUGAUCGAGCGCUCGCGCGCCAUCAAGUCGCCCAGCAUUCAGCUGCAUCUGGCCGGCACCAAAAAGGUGCAGCAGGAGCUCUGCCGUCCCGGCGUGCUGGAGCGCUAUCUGCGUGACCAGGAGGUGACGCUCUGCAGAUCUCUCUUCGUCGGACUGUACUCGCUUGACAUGGACGAGGACGGCGACGCCGCCGUGGAGAUGGCGCUAGCCGCGCCGCACCGGUAUGUGCUGAAGCCGCAGCGGGAGGGUGGCGGCAACAACAUUUACGGCGAGGAGAUCGCGCACACGCUGGCGCGGCUGCGCGACAGCGCCGAGCGGACGGCGUUCAUCCUGAUGGAGCUGAUUGAGCCGCACGUGCAGCCCAACUACCUGCUGCGGCCGGGCCACGGCUCGCCGGAGCUGGUGCAAGCCGUCGGCGAGCUGGGCAUCUUCGGCUACAUACUCGGGGAUGGAGAGCAGACCUACUGCAACGAGUGCUGCGGCUUCACACUACGCUCCAAGCCGUCCUCGGUGCAGGAGGGCGGCAUCAUCGCCGGCUUCGGCGCCAUGGACUCGCCGUUCCUGGUAUACUGGGACGAGGACGGGUCCGGCGCAGCCUCGUCCGGCGACGGUGAUCAACGUGGUAACACCCAGUUGAGCUGAGGACGCCCCCAUGUGCUUCGAAGUUUCUCGGGUCGAAACUCAGCAACCAGCAGCGACCUUGGGGUUGUGAGGUCACCUACAGGGUGUGGAGUGGUUUCCUUUAUAUGUAUAUAAUAUGUA